CCAGCCAUAGCCCAGGCUUGCUGAACUGGCUCCAGAGGCCAUGAGGCUGUCACUGCCAUUGUUGCUGCUGCUUCUGGGAGCUUGGACCAUCCCAGGCAGCCUUGGGGACAAGGACCAGUUCAUGGCCACUGCCCCACAACUGGAUGAUGAGGAGAAGUACUCAGCUCACAUGCCUGCUCACCUGCUCUGUGACGCCUGCAAGGCCGUGGCUUACCAGAUGUGGCAAAAUCUGGCAAAGGCAGAGGCCAGACUUCAUACCCCAGACUCUAAGGGACGGCAGAAGCUGAGUGAGUCGGUAUACACAGACAUCUUGGACUUGAGCUGCUCCCAGAAGUGGCAGGACUAUGGUGUCCAAGAAGUAAACAAAGUAAAACGUCUUGUGGGCCCUGGGCUUAGCAAGGGGCCAGAGCCAAGCAUCAGCGUGAUGAUCACAGGGGGCCCCUGGCCCAUCAGGCUUUCCAGAACAUGUUUGCACUACUUGGGGGAGUUUGGAGAAGACCAGAUCUAUGCAGCCCACCAACAAGGCCGAGAGGUUCUGGAGGCGUUGCUGUGUGGGGGUCCCCAGGGGGCCUGCUUGGAGAAGGUACCAGUCACAAGGGAAGAGCUCUAAUCCUAGACUCCAUCUUCCUCAGGAAGAAGCUGGGGCUUCCUGUGGAUCUUUUCCAUUCCUAUCUGCAGGCUUCCAGGAAGGCAGGGAAGCCCUGCUCAGUGCUGCCACUCUCUUUCUCCUCCAGCAUCAGGCACUGGGGCAGGCUGUCCCCUCUGGAUUCAAAUAAAACCCAGUGACCUCGA